CCGGUCCGCUCAGCUGAUUGUAUUGGAGAAGAGAAAAUAUAUUGGGCGUCCGUGGCACACCUAAACGUUUUUAUUAUAUUUCGGAUUAGAAAAGUUUGCUAUUUUAAAAGAAAGUUCCAAAUCCAAAUAUGACGCUCAUUGAUAAGCCGUUAGUUGCAGUCGAUAUUGAUUUCCCAGAGGAAGAUGUGCCCUAUGAGGAGGAGAUUUUGCGUAACGCAUACUCCGUGAAACAUUGGUUGCGGUACAUAGAACACAAAUCCAAAUCGCCGAACUUUGGCGUGAACAUCGUUUAUGAGCGCGCACUUAAAGAGUUGCCCGGUAGCUACAAAAUUUGGUAUAACUAUUUACGUACGCGCCGUAAGCAAGUGCGUGGUCGCCCUCUAACUGAUCCCAUGUACGAUGAAGUCAACAAUACCUUCGAGCGAGCGUUAGUGUUUAUGCACAAAAUGCCACGCAUUUGGAUGGAUUAUGGCGUCUUUAUGACAGCACAGUGCCGCAUUACACGUACCCGACACGUGUUUGAUCGUGCUUUGCGUGCAUUGCCCAUUACUCAACAUCAUCGCAUUUGGCCGCUCUAUUUAAAAUUUGUGCGGCGUUUCGAUAUACCAGAGACAGCUCUGCGCGUUUAUAGGCGCUACCUGAAGUUGUGCGCAGAAGAUGCGGAAGAGUACAUUGAAUAUCUGACUGAGGUAGAGCUAUUGGAUGAAGCUGCUCAACAAUUGGCAUCAGUGGUGGACAAUGAACAUUUCGUGUCGAAGCAUGGCAAAUCAAAUCAUCAGUUAUGGAAUGAGUUAUGCGAUUUGAUUUCGAAAAAUCCUGACAAGGUACAUUCGUUGAAUGUGGACGCCAUAAUACGCAGUGGGCUCAGGCGUUAUACGGACCAGCUUGGACAUCUUUGGAAUUCUUUGGCCGAUUACUAUGUGCGUUCGGGUCUGUUUGAUCGCGCACGCGAUAUUUAUGAGGAGGCCAUACAAACCGUUACAACAGUGCGUGAUUUUACACAAGUUUUCGAUGAAUACGCCCAAUUCGAGGAGGUCUCGUUAAAUAGACGCAUGGAAAUGGUGGCCAACGAUCCACAUGCCACCGAAGAAGAUGACAUUGAUGUGGAAUUGCGACUGGCGCGCUUUGAGUAUCUUAUGGAGCGUCGUCUGUUGCUUUUGAACAGUGUGCUACUGCGCCAGAAUCCACACAAUGUACAUGAGUGGCAUAAGCGCGUGAAAUUGUAUGAGGGCAAGCCGCACGAGAUCAUCAACACAUACACCGAGGCUGUGCAAACUGUGCAACCAAAGUUGGCUGCUGGCAAGCUGCAUACAUUGUGGGUGGAAUUUGCGAAAUUUUACGAAUCAAAUGAGCAAGUAGAGGAUGCGCGCGUGGUUUUUGAGCGUGGCACCGAGGUGGAGUAUGUUAAGGUGGAAGAUUUGGCCGCAGUAUGGUGUGAAUGGGCCGAAAUGGAAAUCAGGCAAGAGAAUUUCGAGGGUGCAUUGCGCCUAAUGCAGAAAGCCAGCGCCAUGCCGAAACGUAAAGUUGCCUAUCAUGACGACACCGAGACCGUACAGAUGCGGCUAUAUCGUUCGCUGAAAGUUUGGUCUAUGUACGCCGAUUUAGAGGAAUCCUUUGGCACUUUCAAAACAUGCAAAGCAGUCUACGAUCGUAUAAUUGAUUUAAAAAUUUGCACACCUCAAAUAAUUAUCAACUAUGGCCUCUUUUUGGAAGAGCAUAAUUAUUUUGAAGAAGCUUUUCGCGCCUAUGAAAAGGGUAUUGCGCUAUUUAAAUGGCCAAAUGUAUACGAUAUUUGGAAUGCAUAUUUGACGAAAUUUCUCAAACGCUAUGGUGGCACAAAGCUGGAGCGUGCGCGCGAUCUUUUCGAACAAUGUUUGGAAAAUUGUCCGCCCGAACAUGCCAAGUAUUUUUAUUUGUUAUAUGCGAAAUUGGAGGAGGAGCACGGUUUGGCGCGUCAUGCCAUGGCCGUUUACGAUCGCGCAACAAGCGCCGUCAAAUCAGAGGAGAUGUUCGACAUGUACAAUAUUUUCAUAAAGAAAGCAGCGGAGAUCUACGGCCUGCCGCGUACGCGCGAAAUCUAUGAGAAGGCCAUUGAGGCGUUGCCCGAAGAGAAUAUGCGGCCCAUGUGUGUGCGCUUUGCAGAGAUGGAAACAAAGCUAGGCGAAAUUGAUCGUGCGCGCGCAAUUUACGCGCAUUGCUCGCAGGUGUGUGAUCCACGUAUAACUGCCGAGUUUUGGCAAACAUGGAAAGAGUUCGAGGUGCGCCAUGGCAAUGAGGAUACCAUGCGCGAAAUGCUGCGCAUCAAACGUUCAGUGCAAGCCACGUACAAUACACAGGUGAAUAUGAUGGCCGCACAAUUUCUCAAUCAAACGGGCGCAAGCAAUGCAGCCGCAGACGGUGGUGGUGAUGCGAUGCGUCUACUUGAGGCUAAGGCUGCGGCAGAGCAACAGGCACGCCAGCAACAAACACUUAAAGCACAAACUAGUGGCAAUAUUAUGUUUGUGCGCGGCGAAACGCAGGGUGGCAACGCGAAAGACAAAGUGGUCAAUCCGGAUGAAAUCGAUAUUGGCGAUAGUGACGACGAGGACGAAGAGGAUGUUGAUGAUGAUGCUGUUAAUGGGGCGGCAAAUGGCGCUGACAAGCGCGGCGGAAACGAAGAAAAUGUUAUAGCCGCCAAAAGGUUGCGCAUCGAGCAGCAAGCGAUACCGGCAAAAGUGUUUGGCAGCUUGAAGAAAGCCACAGAUGAAGAUGACCAAGACGCAGAUUGAGCAUAGCGAGAUCGUGGUGUGGCGUGGAUCAUACCAAUAAUUGUAGCUAAUAAAAGAAAACAUUUUUGAACAAUAAUCAGUCGGGUAAAACAUUUAUA